AUGCUGCUCCCCACGCUGGUGACGUGCCUCGCCGGGUGCGCCUUCCUCCUCUCGCCGGUCAGCGAGGGCUGCGGACCGGGCAGAGGCUAUGGCAAGAGGCGCUCGCCGCGGAAGCUGGCGCCGCUCGCCUACAAGCAGUUCAGCCCCAACGUGGCCGAGAAAACGCUGGGAGCCAGCGGGAGGUACGAAGGGAAAAUAACCCGGAACUCUGAGCGCUUCAAGGAGCUCACCCCCAACUACAACCCCGACAUCAUCUUCAAGGAUGAGGAGAACACAGGUGCAGACCGCAUGAUGACUCAGCGCUGCAAAGACAAGCUGAACUCUCUGGCCAUCUCGGUGAUGAACCUCUGGCCCGGGGUCCGGCUGCGGGUCACCGAGGGCUGGGACGAGGACGGCCACCACUCGGAGGAGUCGCUGCACUACGAGGGCCGGGCGGUGGACAUCACCACGUCGGACCGCGACCGCAACAAGUACGCCAUGCUGGCUCGGCUGGCGGUGGAGGCCGGCUUCGACUGGGUUUACUACGAGUCCAAGGCUCACAUCCACUGCAGCGUCAAGUCAGACCACUCGGUGGCGGCGAAGUCCGGAGGCUGUUUCCCCGGCGACGCCUCGGUCACAGUGGAGGGCGGCGGCCAGAAGCCCGUCAGCGACCUGCGGCCCGGUGAGCGAGUCCUGGCCACAUCAGGCAGCGACGGCGGCGGCGAGCUGGUGUUCAGCGAAGUCCUGACCUUCCUGGACCGCGACCCGGUGACCCCGAGACUUUUCUACCGCCUGCAGACAGAAUCCGGGGCGCAGCUCGCCCUCACCGCCGCCCACCUGCUGUUUGUGUCCGAGGGCAACUGCUCAGAGGGGGCGGAGCCGACCCGUGGCGCCCUCAGGACCGCGUACGCCAGCGACACCCGGCCGGGACAGUGUGUGCUGGUGUCAGAGGGCGAGGCGGGUCGGAGGCCCAGGGGGGGCCGACUGUCUCGGAUCAGCCGGGUCAGCGUGACGGAGAGGACGGGGGCGUUCGCGCCGCUGACCCGACAGGGGACGGUGGUGGUGGAUGGCGUGGUGGCGUCCUGCUACGCCGUGCUGGACCAGCACUCCCUGGCCCACUGGGCCUUCGCCCCGCUGAGGCUGCUGCACAGCUGGACCGGGUCCGCUGGGGGCCACGGCGACGGGAUCCACUGGUACUCUCAGCUCCUACACUGGCUGGGGACCAAGCUGCUGGACUCAGGACGCCUCCACCCGCUGGGCGUCGCUCAGGGCGACAGGUGAGACGGAAACAGGAAAAACUGACAAAAAUCAACCUGAAACCCACAAACCCAAACCUGAACAGGACCAGGAGGAACCUCGGGAGAUGUCCGGGCUCCUGCUGAGGCCUGAUGGGAGAUUCAGCAGGAAACAGAACUGUGACGGGACACAGACGAGUUUUUCCAAAAUAACAAACAGAGACAGAGUUGAACCAGUGAGAGCCGAAGUUUUCAUCACUUCUGGUGACGACUGCAUCCUGAGAAACACUAUGAAGCCAAAAACCCUUAAAGUCUGCUCCUGAAACGUCCUGAGUUUAAAGUUCACAAGACUUCCCCUUAAAUUUACACACUCAUUAUCAGUUCAGGUCUUUUUAAUGAUGGUUUGCUGGUCUGAGACAUUUAGACGAUAAUAUUUGUCUUUAAUAGGUGGAACCCGUAUUUGUUUGAAGCAGUUAAUCAAUGGGCUUCACGUCAUGGAUCAGGAGUAAUUAUUGUUCUAAUUUAAAGCACUGUUAAGUUAUAAAUCGAGAGAUUGUGUUAUUUGGUCCUUUUAAAUGUUAUUUUAUUCCAAUGUGCAGGUAAGACGCCACAACAUACCACGAUCAAUAACACCAGUAACAUCCUAUCAGACAUAUUGAUCUGACUUCAUUGGAAAUGGUUAAAUUGAUGGAUGAUAAUUAAGGUUUUUUCUUCAUAAAUUAAGGGA